UCACUUACACUCUCAGUAUAUAUCCCCACCGCACCACCGCUAUCUUCUCCAUCAUCUCUCUCUUCUACUUUAAGCCAGUUUCCUUUUUUACAGAAGAAGAGGCAAAAGCUCCAUUGCUUCCUCCUCCGCAGACAGCAAUGGAUGCCUUAUCUUCCUCCUUCCUCUCAUCAACCACACUCCUCUCCCCUCCUCCUUCCCCCCGCUCCCACUUACUUUCCCCUUCUCCUCUCCACAUUUCCUCCCUCAAAACAGAACCAACGACCUCCUCCGAUGCCGUCAAAACGUCACCACCGCAGCCCUCUAAAAACCCUACAAAUUCCCCCACCACCCGGUCAUCGCCGCCGCCGCCGCCGCAGCGACGAUCAAUUCGCGUGAGGCAGCAGCCUUCCAUGCCUUCCCUCAUGUUCAACGCCGUCGACGACUUCAUCAACACCUUCGUCGACCCUCCCCACAAGCCCGCCACCGACCCGCGAUUCGUCCUCUCCGGCAACUUCUCCCCCGUCGACGAGCUCCCUCCCACCGAAUGCCACGUCAUCCACGGCUCCCUCCCUCCUUGCCUAGACGGGGCCUACAUCCGCAAUGGGCCCAACCCACAGUACCUCCCUCGUGGGCCCUACCACUUGUUCGACGGGGACGGCAUGCUCCACGCGCUCACCAUCUCACGCGGCCGCGCCACGCUCGCCAGCCGGUACGUCAAGACCUACAAGUAUUUAAAAGAACGCGCCGCCGGGGCCCCGCUCCUUCCGAACGUCUUCUCCGGAUUCAACGGCCUCACAGCUUCGGCAGCGCGUGGGGCUCUGUCCGCCGCGAGGAUAGCUACCGGACAGUUCAAUCCGGUUAACGGCAUCGGCAACGCCAAUACCAGCCUGGCAUUCUUCGGCGACCGUCUUUUCGCUUUGGGAGAGUCGGAUCUGCCUUACGCCGUCAGAUUGACGGAGAAUGGCGAUUUAGUGACCGUCGGCCGUCACGAUUUCGACGGGAAAUUGGGGAUGAGCAUGACGGCGCACCCGAAGACAGAUCUACAGACAGGGGAGACGUUCGCGUUUCGGUACGGCCCCGUGCCGCCGUUUCUCACCUACUUCCGAUUCGAUUCGGAGGGGAAGAAGCAGCCGGACGUUCCGAUUUUUUCAAUGGUGAGCCCGUCUUUCCUCCACGACUUCGCGAUCACGAAGAAGUACGCCCUGUUUGCGGAGAUUCAGAUCGGGAUGAACCCGAUGGAUAUGAUUUUCCGGGGCGGGUCGCCCGUUGGGGCCGACCCGAAUAAGGUGCCCCGGGUCGGGGUGAUUCCGCGGUACGCGACGGACGAGUCGGAGAUGAAGUGGUUCGAUGUGACCGGGUUCAACCCGAUCCACGCGAUCAACGCGUGGGAGGAGGACGGCGGGGACACGGUGGUGCUGGUGGCGCCGAACAUCAUGUCGGUGGAGCACACGAUGGAGAGGUUGGAGCUGAUCCACGCGCAGGUGGAGAAGGUUAGGAUCGAUUUGAAAACGGGGACGGUUAAUCGGGUCCCGGUUUCGACCCGAAAUUUGGAUUUCGGGGUGGUUAACCCGGGUUACUUGGGGAGGAAGAACCGGUUCGUCUACGCCGGUGUCGGGGACCCGAUGCCGAAGAUCUCGGGGGUGGUGAAGCUUGACGUUGGGGACGAGAUGGGGAGGAACAGGAAAGAGAGCACGGUGGCUUGCAGGAUGUUCGGGCCGGGUUGCUUCGCAGGGGAGCCGUUUUUCGUAGCGAAGGACCCGGAGAAUUCGAAGGCGGCGGAGGACGACGGGUACGUGGUGACGUACGUUCACGACGAGAUAAAGGGGGAAUCGAGGUUUUUGGUGAUGGAUGCUCAGUCGCCGGAGCUUGAGAUUGUGGCGGCGGUGAGGCUGCCGCGGCGGGUUCCGUACGGAUUCCAUGGGCUGUUUGUGAGGGAGAGCGACCUCCGAAAGGUAAGGUAA